AUGGCUUGCGGCGGCAAGAAGGCGAGGGUUGAAUCGCCGGCGGCCGACAUGACUCUCGGUGAGGACGAUCUGCAGGUCAAGGAAGAGGAGGAAACCGCAGCGAUGAUGGUGGUGGCCGCCGCCGCCAACGCCGCCGCCCCGCGAGUGGAGAUCGUCGUCGAGUUCGACAAGUCCCUGCUGGACUGCCCCCUCUGCUCGCUGCCCCUCAAGCCGCCCGUCUUCCAGUGCCCGGCGAAGCACGCGGCGUGCGGCCCCUGCGCCGCGAACCACGCCAACAAGUGCCCGGCGUGCGACGAUGGCGCGUACGAGCGCGACGAGGCGGCGGACCGCUACCUCCUGGCGGUCAGGGUGCCCUGCCCCAACCAGGCGUACGGCUGCGGGAGCUCCGUGGUGUACUGCAUGGUGGGCGACCACCGUCUGGUGUGCCCGCACGCGCCGUGCCGCUGCCCGGAGCUCGGCUGCGGCUUCCUCUGCCCGCCGCCCGCGCUCCGCGCCCACCUCGCCGAGCGCCACGCCUGGCCCGUGACCGGCAUCGCGUACGGGUCCGUGCUGGAGGUCCAGAUGCAGCCCGCGGAGCAGGGGCGGCGGCUGCUGUCCGCGGAGGGCGGGGAGUGGCUGUUCCUGCUCGUGGCGAGCGAGCGCGGCGUCAAGGUGGUGCGCGUGAGCUCGGCCGCGGACGAGGAAGGGCCGGCGGCGUCGUGGUACAGGUGCAAGGUGUGGGUGCACGCGCCCGUGGACACGGACACCGGCCACAUGGACGUCCAGAUGCUUGACGCCAAGAUGGGGAGCUGCGCGGUGCCCUCCGCGGAGGCGGCCAUGGGCGCCGGUGGUAGGUACCUGCCGGUGCCGUCCGACGUGCCGGCGCCGGAAGGAGGAGGGAUCGUCAUCCGUCUCCGCAUCGACAAGGAGGUCAAGGUCAGGGCGAGCAGGAGCCCCCGUUCCCGUGCGCUAUGCUGCUGA